AUGUCGUCGUCAUUAUACUCACGAGACUAUUCUACGUCGCACCACCUAUCGACGCUUUUCCAGUCACCGCAGUCGUUGAAGGAACUUCCCGCGUUGUUGAACCAUGUGUAUCAGUACAAGUCGCAGCUCGAUUUGGACAUCACGAGCGAUAUAGACGCUUACAAUGCCCAGAUCACAUCGUCGUCAUCGACCUCACCCAAGGAGCUCAGUGCCGACUUGAAGUCACUCUUCCAAUCGAUCAGUGAAACGCAGAAAAAGGCAAUCAAGACCGAGAAUGAAAUCACUGCCAUGUCUGAGAACAUCCAGAAGCUCGACAAGGCCAAGAAGAACUUAGUACUCCUGAUGACCGUGUUGAAGCGUCUCCAGAUGUUGAUUUCUGCCAUAGAAACACUCACGGAUACCGUUUCUUCGUCGUCAUCGUCAAGAGACUACAGAGAAAUCCUUCAGUUGUUUAGCGUGGUGAAGGAACUCUCGUCGCACUUCAAGCCAUACAAGUCAAUUGACGAGAUCUCCACACUCAACGGGAUUAUCAACAGAACACAGGCCAAGCUCAUUGACGAUAUCUUUUCAGACUAUGAGGACGUAAUCCUGGGUGCUACUGCAUCUUUGCCUAACGAUACCAUCCAGUACGCUGGGGAGAUCUUGGAAUUGAUCAACCCGUCGAACAAGACCAAAAUAAUCGAUUUGUUUUGUAAACGACAAUUGCAUGAGAUUCAGGGUAUCUUUAAGUCUUCGGACGAAGCUGGCUCAUUGGAGAAUGUUAACCGUAGAUAUCUCUUCUAUAAGAAAAUCUUGACUAAUGUGCAAGACAACUUCUUGACCACUUUCCCCAAAUCUUGGGCCAUAGAAUUGGAGAUCACCAAAAAGUUCUGUGAGUUUACGAGAGACGAUCUUAAACUGGUAUUAAAUUAUUAUAGAACCAAUAAUAAGAAGUCUUCUCCAGAUACCUUGCUCAAUGCAUUGACUUCAACCUUGGAGUUUGAAAGGUACUUGAAUUCUGAGUUGUCCACCGACAUCUUCGAACAAUUCAUCCUGCGAAGCUUCGAGCCAUACCUUUCUGUUUGGGUUUCGCAGCAAGAUUCUAAUUUGGAUAUGAAAUUUUUGGAAUACUUGUCGGCUUCCAAGAUUCCUGAGGAAUUCCAGCAGCUGCCACUGCUGCUGCUGCCACAGACAGUUGAUGAGUUUAUGCAUAUAAUUGCAACGAACAAUGUGCCAAAUAUUGCGACUAGCUCUGCAGAACUCUUCAGAACAUAUAGGGGUAUCUUAUCUCAGGCCACGAAAUUGCUGUCGGGUCCCAUUUUGCUUGACUUAUCGCAGUUAUUCAUCAAGUAUCUCAAACAAUAUGCAUCCAGGGUCCUUCAGCCUUGCUUACCUACAUCUGAAGCAGACGUGGUCAACGCUGGCGUGGAUUCUAUUAAGUACCUCACCAUGGUAUUGAAUACAGCCGAUUACUGCUCUAAUACCGCUACUCAGCUUGAAGAAAAGAUCCAGGCUACGAUUGAUGAGGAUUUGAAAGAUUCCAUAAAUUUCGAUGAAGCAAGAGAGUGUUUCAUAGAGUUGAUAACAAGGGCCAUCACUUUACUACUCACCAAAAUCUCGAAAGAAUUGGAGUUCUGUUGGAGACAAUUCAGUAAUAUCAACUGGAAGGGAAUGGACCAGGUUGGUGACAUUUCAAGAUAUGUGGUUGAUCUUGAAAAAAUUCUUGUGCAUGAUAACAUUAAACUCAUUCUUCCGUUAGUUGUGAGAGAAGGGUAUAUCCGAAACUUCUGCAACAAAGUUGUAGAGUUGAUAGUUAACUGCUUUAUGAAUCAAUGGAAGAACAUCAAGAGUGGCAUUCUGACGUUCAACGCAGAGCAGCUUCUUUUGGACUUGGAAACUAUCAAGCAACUUUUAUUAAAGCUCCCAAUGUACGCAGAUACUGAAGCCACCAUAAGCAACAAAAUCGGUGCGGUUCCUGCAAGCUAUGGAAAGUAUGUCAAUUCUCAAACUCAUAAGGCAGAAACAUUAUUGAAAUUAUUAUUGGGGACUACCAAACCAAUUGAUGAUUUUGUACUCAACUAUAUUAAUUUAAUUGGAGACAAGAGUAAAUUCAACUUCGGGAAAGUUCUUGAAUUGAAAGGAAUUGCUUCGAACAGCUUAGAAUAUCUGCAAUUUAUUGACAAUUUCCAACUUCAAAUUAAUACAGGAGUAAUGAAGGAAGAAUUGGUCGAUUCUAGUCCAAUAUUGGCUCAUUUAUUGAAUGAGAUGGAGGAACAGAGUGCUACUACCAUCCAAUUUAAUAACAACAGCAGUAAUAUAAGAAAACCAGUUCCAGUCGGACCUAAGAUCAUGACUGCUAAGUCUCCCAUUCUUGGGGGUAGCUUCUCUCCCAGUGUUCCGACUUCGAUUCAGAAUAACUUGAAGAUCAACAACAUAGAAAAGAGUUUCAGAGAAUUGGCAUUAAAUGGGGAGAAUAAAGUUAGUAAGAUCAACGAGAACUUCAAGAACUUUGGUAAAUUAUUUAGAAAAAACGACGAAUAG